AUGGACCGUCGGCCAUUCGUAGACGUUAAUAAGAUCCCGCAGGUGGUUGAGGUAUCGAAAGAAGACGAGGUUGAUUGCCGAAUAGGCGACCUCUACAAGUUGUGUUUGCCAGCUGUCCCGAAACAAGCGGAGGAACUGAAAGCCGAGCCGUACAAAACACCCAAUGCCGUCGUGGUGCCCCUCCAGGUCUACUUUGCGAUUCUUUCUUCGUUCGUCUCUUCUCCCGACGUACCCCUUCAACUUUUUUGGUAUCUGGAUCACCUGCAGCACCUUGUCGACGAGUACCAAUGGGAAGGCGUCCUGGCGUAUCACACACUUUUCUUCAACGAACGUGUGCGAGAGAUGAAAAAUAACUGUUACUCCGGUUGGGGUGCUCCACGCUAUGUGUUGAUGAGCUGUCUUAAACCUGAAGACCCGCUUUCUCCGUCCAAAACAAUUCCUACUCUGCAGCUUGAGAGUCGUAGAUUAAUUCGUCAGGACGGCUGCUGGGGGGAUUACUAUCACUACCCCGUUACUCCAAUAACUAUUGUGACACGACGAACGACGGGCAAUCCUUUGGCUAAGGAUCUCAAAUUCCAGAUGCACACCAAGCAUAGCGGAAUUUGGGAAUCUUUUGCAAUGGAACGAGAAUCUUCUAAGCAUCAUGGACAACUUGUAGCACUCCACGACGGUAAAAUCAUGGAACCGCGAAAGCCAAAUUCUACGUUAUACGUGGAAGAUCUCGCGAAAGCGUUCUCCUAUGAGGGCGGCGAAUACCCAUUCUUAACUCUGACCACGCGCCGUGAAUACGAAGAGGCAACAGCGUGGGCUCGAAAAGCCCGUCUUGAGGCAGAAAAAUAUCAACGCCGCUCAGCUCGAGUUUCUGCGUUCAAAAGUCUUUUUCCACAUGCGUUCAAUAUCUUUGCUCCAUCGAAUUCCCGCGUUCGAAAAUUGUAUCUCGAGAAGACUCCCAAAUAUUUGAGUGCAUCUCUCAGCCUCGUUCCCCCAUUUCUCUCUCCGCCGAAAUAA